UCAGCGUCCGAGGUACUUUGCUAUUUUCUGCCCAACUUUGUCCACCUUCAACACCUGAUGUCGAGCUACGACGCACUUCCCAAAGGCCCCUGCCUGCGGUAUGUGGUGCUCAAGCCGGGCGCGUCGUCAGAUCCGCUCGCAUGUCAACUGCUCACGAGCGACAUCCAUCAGAUCCCGGAGUUUGAGGCCGUGUCCUAUCCCUGGGGCAGCCUGGACAAGGUCUCGACCAUCCAAGUCCAGCGGGGCCAGAGCCAACAUUCGUGGGCGCUGGGGAUCACUGCAAACCUGGACCGCGUUCUCCGGCGCCUGCGCCAUUCGGGGCACGAGCGAGUCAUCUGGGUAGAUCAACUGUCGAUUGAUCAGUCCAACAAUGACGAAAAGAACCACCAGGUCCGUCUGAUGGGCCAGAUUUACCGCAAGGCCAAGCGGGUCUUGGUCUGGCUGGGCGACAGUGUGGAGGAUGGCGCGAAUGCUGCCUCCCUGAUCACCGAACUGAACGACAGGAUCGACGCGCAACUGUCGGUCCAUGGAACGUGGGACGAGCUCCCCAACGCAACUCCCGAGGACGAGAUAUCCAAGGACGGGCGCUGGCGCGCGAUCCACGCUGCAUUCGCCUCGCCCUGGUUCACGCGAGUGUGGGUGAUCCAGGAGGUCGGUCUCGCCGCAGACCCGUGGGUGCUGUUCGGCGACAGUGAGUUCGACUGGACAUCGAUGAUGCGGGUCGCGCAGUGGAUGCUGGAUUUUGCCAAUUUUCUCCUCGUCGACCGCGCCUCGUUUCCCUUGUCGUCGAUCCACGCCGCGACGCUCGACGGCUGGGAUGUCACCAAGAGCAGCCGGCAGCGGAGUCGAGACUUUGGGACGUUUUCGACGGGAUGGACGUUGCAGAAGCUGCUCCACAGCGCCAAAGGGCUCAAGGCGACCGACCCUCGGGAUUUCAUCUACUCGCUUCUGGGCCAUCCGUCGGCCCUGAAACCGGGCACGACGGAUAAUACUUCGUUUGUCGAUCCAGACUACAACCUGCCGUACCUGGAUGCUUACCACAGAUUCGCCCUCGAGUGGCUGAAAGACCCCCACGGCGUCAAUCUCCUGCUCUCGGUCGAGCACGACGAAAACACACUCAGUGGUGACUAUCCGUCGUGGGUGCCGCGUUGGAACUUUGUACAGCCGGCACAAACGCUCGGCCUCCAAACCAAACUACCGUUCAAUGCCGCCCUGGGUCUCGGGCCCAGCUCGUGCAAGCCGAUCGAUCCUCGCACCUUGAACGUGCAGGGACUGGUGUUCGAUAGAGUCACGGCCAAAUCCCCGGUACUCGACAAGACCGCCCUGCGUCUCCCCGACCCGAGCCCGGCCCAGACGAAUGCGCCAUCUCCAACCCAUCCGGUCGUCGCAUUCUGGACCGCCUCCGUCGCCCAGGGUUGCUUCCACGAAUCGUACGCGGGCGACCAACGUCCGCUGAUGGCCUUUGUCCGCAUGCUCACCGGCGAGCGGUACACAGGUCCCCGCGCGCAAUUCCAAGCCGACCGCCUGGCCUACGCUCUCCGUCUGCUUGAACUGGGCCGCCACAAAGCUGGAAUUGCAGCUCUCGGCGAAGACACGGCGCGCCUCCGCGACCAGUCCGUCACGGGCAACAUCGACACCUUCGUGGACCAUGCGUGGUACUUCUGCAACGGGCGCGUGCUGGUGUUCACCGAGCAGGGCCGGUACGGCUUCGCGCCUCGAAGCGCCCUCCCCGGGGAUCUGCUGGCGGUCGUCAACGGCUGCAAAGUGCCGUGCGUGCUCCGGCCCGUUCCUGGGGAGAAGGGGCAUUUUCGGCUCGUGGGGGAGAGCUACGUCCAGGGCUGCAUGGAAGGAGAGCUUGUGAAAGCGCGGCUCCUUGGUGGGAGUAGUAACCCUGUGGAAGAGGAGACUCUCGUGCUCGUGUGAAGUUGUGGUCAAUCUACUGCUACAGAUACCCAGAAAUGCAGUAAAAGUUGUCGACGAGGCUUGGGUCAACUUGUAUUGAACCGGCGCUUCUAGGUAUGUAUAUCUGGAUUAGCAUCAUUUGACAUGGAGAGCCUUCG